CUAUACUUAGGAAAAGCCCCGUCGAUCGCUGCAAUAUUUUCAAUUCUCCACACAUGGAAUUUCUCAAUUUCGGAAACUACCGAUGGAAGCAACAACCCAUUCUCUAACAAUCCCCGCCCUUUCCGAGCAAUUCGUUCUCUCAUUAGCUGCGGUCCCUCGAACGGUGUACAAGCACCUACUCAAAAAUAAGCUUGUUAAUGUUGUAAGCGUAAGGUAGAACACCGCAAUAUUUUCUAAGAAUAGAAAAAAAUACGAGUUAAUUAUCGGCUUCUUCAAAAGAAGCAAAAGAAAACAAAAUAAAGCCAUUCUAACGCACUACCUAAUCCCCUGCGUAUUUAGCUUCUCAUCCCUACAAGUCAAAGAUUGAGUUUCUCCGGAGCGCCGUUUAAAGGAUAGACGAAGACAACAUUUCUUCUUCAGAUAUGACAUUUUAUAACGCAACUAAAUCUUUGGCAAAAAUGAUAGAUUCACAUGGAGAUUGGAUUCCAGUACCCAGCUUGAUAGACCAGAACAAUUUUAGGCCCUUUUGCGUGCUGCAAAAGAAAAGGAAGACAUCGUGGUGGCAGAGCUGUCCUUUUCUCAAAACUGACUAUCAGUUACAUCAUCUGCUGUUAUCAGGAAAUGACACUUCAAGUCUAGUUCAGAAGGAUUCAGAGUUAUUCACCCUUGAAGAAACUGUAGAUGGAAUGCUGAAGGGGGAUAUUAGUGGAAUUACUGACACUGAAAUAACUAGUGCUGUCAGCAUUUCUCAUGAAAGGUCUGUAAAGAUGAAAAAGAUACAUGUUCCAAUUGAAGACCUUGAUUCUUUGAUGAAAGAAAAAAAAAUCAACAAUGAACAUCCAUUUAUUAAACAAUCAAAGAAGCUUCAGAGGAACUUAUAUCUGAUCACUGCAUCAGCAGAAGCUGUGGAAACGGCAACGUUUGGAGAAUCUAACAAAGUGGAAAGCAGCAUCUUUCAUAAAGCCUACAUCAAACUAAGCCUGGAGGGUGCCAGAGAUAGGAAGAAAAUAAUCACUAUUCCAAAGGGAUGCAUCUUGGCAUUCAAAGCUAAGAAAUUAUUUAUAGGAGAAGAAACUGUAGGUAUUUGUUAUUACUCAACUGACAAAACAGGAACUUUUGAAAUACAAAUUGCGUCUGCAAGUGCAGAUUUUGACACUUUCGUCUCUGUUUGGAAAGGCAAUAAGAAAAACCUUCGAAAGGAAGUUGAGAAAGAAUAUGUACCAUUUUCUUUAAUGUCUUCAAACCUGCGUGGCAAAUUUCUAACUAGUUUUGUGGUUUUAAUGAAGAAAUCUGACCUUUUGGAAAAACUAGAGCUCCAGCUGGAACAGGUUCUUGAAGAUCCUGAACAAUUCAGACUAAAUAUGGACGAAUCAGAGUUUAAGGAUCUGAUGGACAACUUGCAAGAUGUCAAAGGAGCCAUUGUCACUGAACUUGCCGAGGCUACCCUCUAUUUUCUUCAGGCUCUUGAUGAACUGACAGAAUUCCAGAUAAUGCUCCUGAUAGAAUCUGUGGAAAAAAAGAUUGUAUCCCAGCAACUGAACCUGGUUGGAGGGAUCCUAGACAAAUAUUUUUGGAAUGAAAAACAGAAUUUCACUGUGGAAAUCCAGCAGUUACCUGAAGAGGAAUGGGAUAUAACUGGAGCAUUAAUUGAAGAAAUAAGUGGAAUAUCUAUUCAACGAAGUGGAUGCACUGUUACCGGAUCUAUACCCCCUGAUUCUUCCUCAAACCUCUCUGCGCUAUAUGUGGCUCUAUUUGCAAUUGAUCUUCUAUCUAAGAAAAGUUUUUAAGCCAUUCUUGUAAAUCAGAGCAUUUUUGCAGAUAGAAAAGAAUCAUGCACAAAUGCAGCAGUUUAAUAUACUCAAAAUGAAAGUUGUAAUCUGAUAGCCUUAUUUGAAAGGAAGCUUGCCUGAGAAUAUCAAUUUAUAUUAGAUAAUUACUUCUUGCAUUCAAUUUUCCAUCACUGCUUUCACACAAAAUUCUAAAUCAUUUGGAGUUUGGCAUAGUAAAUUGUUCAAACUUAGAUUAGGGCCAGUCAGAAACCAUUACCAUGAGCCAUUGUGGUGCAGUGGUCAGAGUGCAGUACUGCAGGCUAUUUCUGCCGGCUGCCGCAAUUUGGCAGUUCAAAUCUCAUCAGGCUCAAGUUUG